GCGCGGCGGGCGCACCCCGCAGUUUCCGCCGCGCAGCCCGCGUGCAGCCUCGCCGCCGCCGUCCGCUGUCCCCGCGCCCGCCGCCGCCACCAUGCCCAACUUCGCCGGCACCUGGAAGAUGCGCAGCAGCGAGAACUUCGACGAGCUGCUGAAGGCGCUGGGUGUGAACGCCAUGCUCAGGAAGGUGGCGGUGGCCGCUGCCUCGAAGCCGCACGUGGAGAUCCGCCAGGACGGCGACCAGUUCUACAUCAAGACGUCCACCACGGUGCGCACCACAGAGAUCAGCUUCAAGGUCGGUGAAGGUUUUGAGGAGGAGACGGUGGACGGCCGCAAGUGCAAGAGUUUAGCUACUUGGGAGAAUGAGAACAAGAUUCACUGCACACAAACUCUCCUCGAGGGCGAUGGCCCCAAAACCUACUGGACCCGUGAGCUGGCCAACGACGAGCUCAUCCUGACAUUUGGUGCUGACGACGUGGUCUGCACAAGAAUUUAUGUUCGAGAGUAAAGGCAGCUGGCGUGCUCACUCCCGCUUUGGGGACAGGAUGCGGAUUCCCUGAGGAACACAUCCUAGGUCUGAGCUGCCAGGGGGCCACCCCUCCCCUGUCAACACUAGGUGACCCCAUUUCCUAUGACAGUGUUGUAGUUCCCCCACAACCCCCAAGGCUUCUGUGCUUCGUGUACCCUGUGCUCCCCAUAGCUUGGCAUUUGCACGAUUAUAUUGGUCAUUAAAUGGAUAGGACGUGUC